AGAAAGUACUCGCCUACGCAUGCGUAUUGAUCAUAUGAGGUGUGUUCCGCCAUUUUUCUCAAAAUACAAAAAUGAUACGGUUUAUACUGAUUCAGAACAGGGCUGGCAAAACAAGAUUGGCCAAAUGGUACAUGCAUUUUGACGAUGAUGAAAAACAAAAGCUGAUUGAAGAAGUCCAUGCUGUUGUCACAGUUAGAGAUGCCAAACACACAAACUUUGUUGAAUUCCGUAAUUUCAAGAUUGUGUACAGAAGGUAUGCAGGGCUCUAUUUCUGUAUCUGCGUAGAUAUAAAUGACAACAACCUCGCUUACCUAGAAGCUAUACACAACUUUGUAGAGGUCCUGAAUGAAUAUUUCCAUAACGUCUGUGAAUUAGAUCUUGUCUUCAACUUUUACAAGGUAUACAGUGUAGUUGAUGAAAUGUUCCUAGCUGGUGAGAUACGAGAGACUAGUCAAACAAAAGUAUUAAAACAGCUACUCAUGCUAGGAUCUUUGGAAUAAAAAAGUAACCCUUCAUAGGAUCUACAAAUUUGCUGACUCUAGCAGUUUCAUUCCAGUUGCAUUGUAAAUAGAGUAGAACUCCAUGAUGCCAAGUUUAUAUUAAAACCAGGCAUGGAAUACAGCCUCCA